AUGUUAGGGGCAUUCACGAACGAGUUGGAUAGGAUAGCACCGAAAUUUCAGAUACAGGGCUCUCAAAUACAAAUCCUCCGCUCGCCAGCAGAAUUCUACGAGACGCUCAAGGCCAAGAUUUUGGCAGCGGAAGAACGCAUUUUUCUGUCUACAUUGUACAUAGGAAAAACGGAACAUGAACUUAUUUCUACAUUACAGCAAGCUCUGAAGGCGAAGCCUAAAUUGAAGCUUAGUAUCUUGACGGAUGCGUUAAGAGGGACGAGGGAGUCGCCUAAUGCCUCGUGUGCUUCGCUACUGGCGCCCCUCGUUUCUGAAUUUGGCACAGAGAGAGUAGAGAUUCGGAUGUAUCACACCCCGAACUUGACUGGGUUGAGGAAGAAGUACAUUCCGAAACGGAUCAAUGAGGGGUGGGGAUUGCAACAUAUGAAGUUGUAUGGAGUGGAUGAUGAGAUUAUAAUCUCGGGGGCGAAUCUAUCAAGUGACUAUUUCACCAAUCGUCAAGACAGGUACCACGUCUUCUCGUCCAAGGAAAUCACAGAAUUUUUCUCCAAAAUCCACAACGCCGUCUCGAAUCUCAGCUUCUUGGUAACACCUGAUCCUCAAUUACCCGCUGGUUACACCCUCGAGUGGCCAACAUCCAACCUCGCUCCCUCACCACUAGAGGACCCAUCAAAAUAUAUAUCUCAGGCCUCCAAAGUCCUAACAUCACUAAUUCAACCCACCUCAAGUACCACCCCCUCAAACCAAAGUCUAGAUUCAAAACACAAUACAACAGUCUACCCCCUCUCCCAAUUCACUCAACUCCUCUCCCCAGAUACCUCAACCGAACUGCCUGCCAUUACCUCGAUCCUAAAAACCCUCUCCCUCCCUUCCUCCAACACCACAUCCUGGACCUUCACAGCCGGCUACUUCAAUCCGCACCCAAGUCUCAUCUCCCUACUCCUCUCCACAACCUCCCGUAACAACACGGUAAUCACAGCCUCCCCCUGGGCAAACGGCUUCUACGGCUCAAAGGGUGUAUCCGGCCUCCUACCUGCCGCAUACACGCUCCUCUCCCGCCGCUUCCUAGAAGCUGCGCAGAAAGCUGGACGAGGCUCAGAUAUCACAUUGAAGGAAUGGCGGAAUGGGACGGUAGGCGAGAAAGACGGGUGGACGUAUCACGCGAAGGGACUUUGGGUAUCAUUGGAUGGGGAGACGGUACCGAGUAUCAGUGUGGUGGGGAGUAGUAAUUAUACGAAGCGGAGUUAUGGGCUGGAUCUAGAGGUUGGGACGGUGAUUGUUACGAGUGAUGAUGGGUUGAAGGGGAGAUUGGGGGAGGAGAGGGAUGGGCUGGGGAGAUAUGCGGAGACGAUUGGGAUGGAUGAUUUUGUGAAGGUAGAGAGGAGGGUGGGCAUAAGAGUUCGAGUUGCAAUGUGGAUUGUACAAUUGGUGGGAGGAGCGUUGUAA